AUAAUCUGCAAGCGAGACAGAGAUAAGACGUUAUACUAUAUACGCAAGAGAGAAGAAGCGAAUCGACGAAGAAGAAGAUAGACAGAGAGAAGAGCAAAAGGGAGCAGCUUACGGAACGGCAUGUCCUCGUGUGUUCGUGUCGUAGAGCGUUUCUGAACGCAGCCAUUACGACACAACCGCUCUCGGUGACGCUUUGCUGCGGUAGAGCCGUGCUCACGCGCGCAGUGGUCACGGAACGAUCGGAACGGAACACACGUGUUUUCGGAAAUUCGAACGAGAUUUCGGGAGGCCCAGGGACGCUUCUUGACGCGCGGCGUCACGUCGCGCGGGUCAUCAACAACCCGAGUGUCCGGUUUGAUUGGUACAUAGUAAAGUAAAACUCGCGAUUGGGAUAAAUCGCUCGAUUUCUCUCUUGUAGUACCUGUUCGAAGGAAAAUAACCAACCAUGUUUGACGUAUUCGGUUCAGUAAAGGGACUGCUCAAGCUAGACAACGUUUGCAUCGACAAUAAUGUCUUCCGGCUGCACUACAAAGCUACAGUGAUCAUAUUAAUUGCUUUUUCGUUGCUGGUCACAUCCAGGCAAUAUAUCGGAGACCCUAUAGACUGUAUCGUGGACGAAAUACCGCUUCACGUGAUGGACACUUACUGUUGGAUCUACUCGACGUUCACGAUCCCUGAUCGAACUGGCGUAGUCGGCAAAGACAUAGUGCAACCAGGUGUUGCGUCCCACGUCGAUGGCGAGGACGAGAUCAAGUACCACAAAUAUUAUCAGUGGGUGUGCUUCACGCUGUUCUUCCAGGCGAUAUUGUUUUACGUGCCACGUUACCUGUGGAAGACUUGGGAAGGCGGUAGAAUCAAGAUGCUAGUUCUAGACCUAAAUUGCCCAGUAAUGAGCGACGAAUGCAAAUCGGAAAGAAGGAAAUUACUAGUCGAGUAUUUCGCUUCGAAUUGGCACACUCAGAAUUUUUACGCAUUCCGUUUCUUCCUCUGCGAAGUGCUAAAUUUCGUUAACGUAGUCGGCCAAAUCUACUUCAUGGACUUCUUCUUGGAUGGCGAGUUCACCACCUAUGGCUCGGACGUGGUGAAAUUUACAGAAAUGGAACCUGAGGAGAGGAUCGACCCGAUGUCACGGGUAUUCCCGAAGGUGACCAAAUGUACCUUCCACAAAUAUGGUGCGUCCGGUACGGUGCAGAAAUUCGAUGGUCUCUGCGUGUUACCGUUAAACAUCGUCAACGAGAAGAUAUACGUGUUCCUCUGGUUCUGGUUCAUCAUCCUGUCGGUGUUGAGCGGUUUGACCCUGGCAUACCGUGCCGCAGUAGUAGCCGGGCCGAAACUUCGCUUAGUGCUGUUGCGUGCCCGAUCGCGCCUCUCCAAGCCGGAGCAUAUCGGAACCAUCGCUGAGAAGUGCCAGAUCGGUGACUGGUUCGUUCUUUAUCAGCUCGGCAAGAACAUAGACCCGGUGGUGUACCAGCAGCUUGUCAUCGAUCUUGCCACGAAACUACAGGGCAAAGAAUCCGUCUAGUUUCUUACAUACAUUCUUAGAAUUCCUCUUUUUUCUUUUCCUUUCCCCCGCUUCUUCGUUUUUACUAUUCGAUUCAUCAACAGAUCCGAUUAGUCGAGUCGAAUCAAGUUGUAGUUUACCGUAUUUUCAUUAAUGUAGUUAUUCGAUCGAAAGCCAUUUUGAAUUACGUUUAUUUUUCGUAUCUGUAACAUAUAUAUAGAACGUAUACGUGCAUUCCAACAAUUUUGGACAAAUUUUUCAUAGUUCAUUUGGCAUACAAGUAAAGCGAGUUGCCUUACCGAUCGUUACAUGAUAAUUCUCGAUUGGAAGUGCAAGUUCUGUGUAACACAAAAUAUUAAGCGAAGAAAAUGAAAAAAUUAAUCAUUCUUUUUUUUUGUCUCUCUCUCUCUCUCCUCUUUCUCUAUCUCUCUCUUUUUUUUACUUAAACAGUUAAACAAUACAUUCAUUUCCAUCUAUACUACAGUAUACGCGAAAGACUAUCGAUAGUUUCUGUCGAUAGCUAGCGACCAUAGAUACAUGUUCGAUCCUACUCAUAGCUUCGUCACGUAAUUUCCUUGAAUCCUUUGACUUCGAUAUCAUCCAUAGAUCAUUGUUUUUUCCUUUUAGUAUCUUUUUUAAUACUACACAUUUUUGUAACUAAAUCCAAUUUACGACCCAAUGUACACAGUGUCAAAAAUUGCGCCAUGCUGUUCCGUGAUAUCGUUAUCGAUCUUAAGAAACAAUAAGACGAAUACCUUAUAUUUACUCUCAUUUUUCUAACGUCAUCGUUUUUAUUCGCGAAAAUAAUGUUUCCCAUUUGCUCGGUCGAUAUUCGAUAAAUCUGCAAGUAUCGGUAGCACAAAUAUAACGAGGAUGUAUAUGUGUGUGUAUAUAUAUAUAUAUAUUAUACAUAUCGUACAUACACAUAUGCGCAUAUAUAACUAUAUACCUAUACACAUGCGAGAUAGAGGGAGAAAGAGCUUACAAGUAUUAAAUUGCUCCGAGACAUGGAGGCUUUGUAGAGAGAAACUUCGAUUGUGUGAUAUAAAAUGGGAGACGACACGACGUUUUCAUUUCUCUUGCCAUUCUCCUUUUCUCGGCAUUUUUCUUCCAUCUCAUCUCUUUUUGUCUUCUUUUUUUUCUUCUUUUAGAACAAGCGCCUUUGUUUUUUUGUUUGUUUCGAAUGGAUGCGCCCUUCCAUUAUUCUUUGCUAUUUUCUCUUUUUCUUUUGUUGUUGGAUGAAACAAUGCAUGAGAGAAGGAGAAAUCGAAAAGUCGGGUUGUGCAGGUUUGUCGCGAAGAUUAAAUGGUCCUUCAUCGACCCCACUCUUCGUUCGAAAAUUGAACGACGCGUCGCUUCGUCUUCCUAGAAAUGUAAUUUUUCUGCUUACUAUAUUAUUAUUUUCUCAUAUUGUAGGCGUACAUCUUGUACAUUGUAGAAUAUCUUAUAAAAUAGAGAAUAUAUAUAAAUUUAUAUUAUAUAUAUAUAUAUAGAAAGAGGGAGUCCGAAAUAAAUGAGAAGAGGAGGAAAAGAGGAAAAGAGCACGCACGAGAGAGAGAAGAGUGAAUGAGAUCGAGUGAGAGGGAGAAGGGCAGCCAUGCAGACAGAUAGUUUAGAAAGAAAAAAUGUUGUAACGAAAAAUUUCCUUUGAACGUUUAUUUUCGCUUGCUUUUUCUCUAUUAAUACUUUUAACUCAUCAUUGCGAUAAUUAGAAUGUUAUUUACAUUUAUAUAUAUAUUUUACUAUACAUGGAGGGACCAAAAGAAAGAAAAGAAAAAGCGUUAAAAAAAGUCUACAGACUUUCAUCGAUGAACAUACGUAGAUUUCUUUUUCUCCAUCCUUUCUUAGUGUUACUUUUGCUCGUCCAUCAUUCCCGUUUCUCCUAUUUGAAACGUUUGAAACUACUACAUUAAAAUUGUUGUUACUGUCGGAAUUAUUGUAAUACCGUCCUUUAUAUGCGACCUAAGUGAAAUUCUAAAGAAAAAAAGGAAUAGACUCAAAAAAAGACUAUUUUAAGAAGAAAUAAAAGACAAUAAAGAUAACGUACGUUUAGCUGGUAAGAAUUUAAAGGGGAAGAAAUGGAAAACGUGCGCGCGAGCUUGAGAGCUCAGAUAAUCGUUUUUCGCAUACCAAUUCUCAUUGUCAAAUGUAGUAAUAUGUAAUUCUUCUUGAGGGAUCCAUGCUCAAAGUAAGACUGCCAAGUAAUCGAAACACUCCACAUCAUCGUGAUUCUUGUAUUUUGUAUCUAUCAUAUUUAGGAUUGUACACGUGAAUAGAAUUUAGAACUUUCUUUCAUUACACUUAUUACAUACAUACAUACAUACAUACAUACAGACAUAUAUAUGUGUGUGCGUGUGUAUAUAUAUUAUACAUAUAAAUAUGUUAUAUAUAUACUUCCUUCUCUCUUGCUUUUCAUGCCAGUGUUCCCUUUUCGAUUCCGAUUAAUUUCGUCCGCAUAAUAUCUCCCCAGAGGUGUUUUGUUCCUUUUCUUUAUAAACCGUCAGUUUACUUCCGUUUAUUUUUUUUAUAUUGAUAAUUUUAAUAAUCAUAGUCGUUAUCUUCUCACGCACACAUAUACACAGACAUAUAUUUAAUUUUCUGAUUUAGGGAAGUUGAGAGUAAGAAAAAAUUUCUGCAAUUUACUUCUUUUCUUGUCGAAAUACAUUACAUCAUUUAUGAUAACUCACUGGAAGUUGAAGAAUCAAAAGACGCUGAGAAGCUAUGUUUUAGUUCCAGUGCCUUUGGACGCCGAGUAUUCAAUCAAACUUCCUCGAGGAACUCCGAAGAGUACUCCGAAGGCUGUAACUAAUUAACAUGUUCCCUUCUACAUAGCUUAUUAGUCAUCGAUGAUAAUUAAUAAAUUAAAGCUAUUAAACGCACAACAAAAUUGCUUAAUAAGAACGUACAAACUAUUAAUAUGUAUUAGCGUAUCAGUAAAAUUUCUAUUUUCCUCUAAUGGAGAUUACUCUAACGCACGAUAAAUGUUUGCCCUUCAAUUUUCAUGUGGAAAAACAACUUUACCUUUUAAGCUUACGUGACACGGAACAUGUUAAAUACGAUAAGUCUACGAGAGUAGUAGAGAUUAACGCUGAAAUUGUUAUUAUAAAAUAAUCGGGAGGAAGAAAGAAAAGUGCCUAUUUCAUACGCAUAUGGUGUAAUGAAUGAUGGAAUCGCAUUCGUAGAUAGUAAUAGUGUCGGUGCAUUGUUCUAUUCUAAUGAAUGUCCAUGCUGCUUAGUGCAGGAACGUAAUAUGUAUAUCUAUAAUCAUACAUGUACGUUGUAUGCACGUGCUUCCUCGUGCCUGUAGAAGCGAUAAGAUAUGAGAAACAAUUAUUAUAUAUGAAGAAAAAUAUAUAUAUAUAGAAUUAUAAAGAUCCCAGCUAGUUGAGACUUGCUGGAAGAACGAGUGAUAAUUGAUUAGUAAUGACAAUUGAUAUGUUAUUUUUUUCCCUAUUAUUAAUAUCCUGUUCUUUACUCGUUGAUAAUGAUAGUUACUACUUACUAUAGUAAGACGAACAAUGUAUGUUCCCGCUGUUGCGACAAAAAAAUGUGUUUUUAUACAAUUUUCUAUUACAGGAACAGCGCACACUUUGUGAAUUAACUUUCUUUUGACAUAUAUAUGCGUUUUCAUCAUGUUUCUUCGAGGAUCGACAAUGUACUGCCAGAAUAAUCCUAUAUUUUCGUAAAAAUGUUCUAUGGGAUUAAACAAAUAAAACGUCAGCGAGUAA